AUGUCUCUUGACACUAAGUCUAACUUUGAUGAGCUUCGCUGGGUCAUCCAAAUCCGUAGAACCCUUGAAGAAGAGCUUGGUGAAGAUGGUGAAUUCCCUGUAUCCAUCUUCAGCGUCCCAAAGCUUCUUAGGGUUUGUGAACCAGACUCGUAUAUUCCUCAACAAGUUGCUCUUGGUCCUUACCAUUAUUGGCGUCCAGAACUGUAUGAGAUGCAGAGACACAAGCUUGCAGCAGCAAAAAGAUUCCACAAACAAUUACAAAGCCUCAACUUAGACAAUCUUGUUGACCAAUUGUCCAAGUUGGAGCCACGGAUUCGAGCAUGCCACCACAAGUUCUUGGAUUUCAACGGGGACACAUUGGUUUGGAUGAUGGCAAUUGAUGCCUCAUUCUUGCUUGAGUUCCUCCAAGAUGGAACAAUAGUGCCUAGGAGGAAAUCAUCUCACAAUGCAAUUUUGAGGGAUAUUGUAAUGCUUGAGAAUCAAAUACCAUUAUUUGUGUUGAGAAAGAUGUUGGAGCUCAAAUUCUCAUCGCUAGAAGCGGCAGAUGACAUGUUGUCUCGAAGAUUAUAG